GCGUGCGAUGAGCACGGCACACUGAGGGAGGCGCGCGCCGGCCGGCGUGGCAUGUGAGGGCAUGGGCUGCACGCCCAGCUCGCUGCAGCAGCGCUACCAUGGGGCCGACGCCAUGGACGUGAAGGCGGCCAACACCUCUCCCAGCGCAGGGGGCGGUACCAGUUCGCCUCGAACGUGGCGCUUCCGCAAGGGCCACGCGGACAAGGACAAGGACAAAGACAAGGACAAGACAGGUGCCGCUGCCGAAAAUGCCGACAAGCCCGUGGUCGUAACCAAGUACUUCAUCUCGCAGAGGUCAUCUUUGGAGCUCCGGUUUGGCUACCUCACCAAAACCAACAACCAAACUCCGCUAAAAGUGCUACUGGCGAUCGGCCGCGAUGACGCGCAGAGCGACACGUUGCGGUCGGCGGCGGAGCGGCUGGGCUACGACUGUCGCGUCGUGCGCAGCCGGGACGCUUGCGUCGAGUCGUUCCAGGCGGCGCCUCCAGAGGUCGUCAUCAUCGACUGCCGCUACCCACGCAACCUGGACGGCGAGGCUACUUGCAGGGCGAUAAGGAACAGGAAAUCCAGCCAGUACACGGUGAUAGUCGCCCUCGUUCGAAGGAGCACGGCGGAAAAGGAAGAGGCAGCCGUCAUCCCGUACCUGAACGCCGGCUUUAACAGGUGGCUGCUGGAGUCGACGAGCGCCGGCCUGUGCAUGAGCGAGCUGCUGCAGCUGGAGCACAGCGACGUGGCGCCGCGCCUCCAGCUGGCCGCCGCGCAGGCGCUCUUCGUCGCCGUGGAGCGCAGCCGCGACGCCAUACACAUCACCGACAGCAGCCACACCAUACAGUAUGUGAAUCGCGCAGGCGAGAAGAUAUCGGGCUACAGCCAGCGCGAGCUGCUGGGGCGGAACGUGCUGGAGCUGAACCAGAUGGAGGGCAAGGAGCUGAUGUUCCAGCAGCUGAGCCGCGGCCGCGAGUGGGAGGGCACGGUGGCGUGGCCGCGCAAGGGCCCGGCCGCCGCCUCCGCCUCCACCGCCGCCAUCACCGCCCCCAUCGCCACCCCCACCGCUGGCAGCGCCGGCGGCGAGACCACCGCCGCAGCCACUCCGCCUCCCGUGCCACUCGCCUGCCGCGUGCUGCCCGUCGCCGUCACCGGCAGACCACCGUCGCACUUCGUGUUCAUCCACGAGGUGCCUGGCCCCGGCAUGGGGAAGCGAGCCUCCGACUCUGGCUCGGCGUACCCCACGCAGCGCGGCAGCCUGCACUCCGUGAGGCGCAACUCCUACGACAUCCGCUCCGUCUCCAGCGACGGAAUUCGGCGGCAGAGCAUCGCCAAACUGCACAACCUGUCGAUCGAGGCGCCAAUCACCAAGGUCAUCUCGCUCAUCGCCACCGCGCAGGAGACGUCGUCACCGGAAGUGGUCCACAUGCUUGAUAAGGUGGUGGACAUCCUGCGCACCACCGAGCUCUACUCGCCCGUCAUGAAGGAGGACAAGGUGCGGCCGGGAGACCCCGUCACCAGCGACCUCAUCUCUGCACUGCUGUCCGGCAACGCGACUCCGGUGAACGUGACGCGGCGAAGCUCCAACGACUCGGCCGUCUCGCGCGGCGCUUCGAGCGGCGGUCUGCGCGCCACGGUACGCGCGGGCAAGAUGUCCGCCCAGCUGCGAGAGGUGCUCGACAUGGCCCUCCUCUGGGAGUUCAACGUCUUCAAGCUCGAGAAGCUCUCCGCAAACAGGCCGCUGGUAUACUUGGGCAUGAAUCUGAUGACGCACUUCGAGGUGCCGCAGACGCUGGGCUGCGACGAAGCGACCCUGCACAACUGGCUCACCAUCAUCGAGAUCAACUACCACACGACCAACACGUACCACAACUCGACGCACGCGGCCGACGUCCUGCAGGCGUGCGCCAACUUCCUGGAUCGCGAGCGGCUGCGCCAGCUUCUGGAGCCGCUCGACGAAGCCACCUGCCUCAUCGCCGCCGCCGCACACGACGUCGACCACCCGGGCAAGUCCAGUGCAUUCCUGUGCAAUGCAGGCAACCCAUUGGCCAUCCUGUACAAUGACAUGUGCGUUCUGGAGUCACACCAUGCGGCGCUCACCUUCAAACUCACCCUGUCUGAUGACAGGGUGAAUAUCUUCAAAGGACUGGAACGUGACAUGUACAAACGAGCUCGUCAGAGUGUCAUAGACAUGAUCCUAGCUACGGACAUGACAAAGCAUUUUGAACAUCUAGCCAAGUUUGUCAACGUAUUUGCCAAACCUACCACUCGUGAUGAAGAUCCAGCGACAGAGGUGGGUUCCGAUUCAGCUGAUAUGAACAAUUUCUUGACGGCACCAGAAAAUAUUGCAGUUGUAAAACGCAUGCUGAUAAAGUGUGCAGAUGUGAGCAAUCCAGCAAGACCACUGAGGCUCUGUGUUGAGUGGGCUCGCAGGAUUGCAGAAGAAUAUUUCAGCCAGACUGAUGAAGAAAAGGCAGCCAACCUUCCAGUAAUGAUGCCUAUGUUUGACAGAACUACUUGUUCUAUACCCAAGUCACAAAUAGGUUUCAUGGAUUUCAUAAUCAAUGACAUGUUUGAAGCAUGGGAAGCUUUCAUUGAGAUGCCUGAGCUGAUGAACUACAUUGAAACAAACUACCGAUUCUGGCAAGAAAAAGAAGCACAGGGUGUAACAACAAUUGCUGAUCUGAAAAUGGAGCCUUGUUCUAUUGAUCUUGUAGAAGAGGAUGGAGAAGGCUCAGUUUCAGCAUCAUAGACCUCUGUUCUUCAUGUUGCUCUUCACUGUCAUAUUCAUUGAGCAUGUUGUCCUAAGUAACAACACAAGUUUCAUAUACCAAAUCCAUCAUCAGUGUUUAUAAUGUGUUUAUUGUCUAUUGUAGAUAAGUGUUUUAUAUGAACUUCAAGACAUUUCUGUGAGAAAAUGCAACAAGUGUGUGAAAAUAAUGAAUGAAUUCAACAGAUAUGUAUCUUUGAUGUGCUAUGAACUGAAUAUAGCCAUAUUGUUUUAAUGUAUGUGUUAUUUAUUCAAAAAUAUGUUUAACUAACAUAACUGAUAAAUGUCAAAUCCAAAUCUGUUUGCCAGUUCCCUAAAAUUUCUUAUACCCCUGUGGGGAAAGCUCAGGUCAAAGAGUCCUUUUUGACAGGUGUCCUGAUUCUCUGGUAGUAAGUUGAAGAUCCAUUACUUGAGUCUACAGGCUUGCCAAAGCAUGCCAAAGUUUCUUUGGAUAUUAUAUUAUUGCUGUGUAUUAGUCUAAAUUAUAUAAAAAAUUGGAUGUAGUGAAAAACUUUAAGUUUCUGGAUUAUUGAAGUGUUUGUAGUCUACUGAUUAAUCCAAGUACUUCCAUGGACCUAUUGUAUUCAGUAUUUUCUUGGUGUAAUAGGAAAUAAUCUAAAUUAUGAGCAUUUAUAAAUAUGUAACUCAAUAUUCAUACAGUACUACCUCUUUAUUACUAUAAGAUCUGAAAUCUCAUGAUGGGGCUCAGGAUUAAUCUGUUUAAGUUGAGGGUAGUCUCAUUAAAUAUGAAAAUAACUGAUCUGCAGAAUGGCAUUGUUUUGGCUGCAAAUAAUUUAAAAUAAUACUUUGCUCUUCAAAUUCCUAAGUGUGGAUUGAGUGUGUUCCUUACACCUAAAUGUUACAUAUGUAGUGUUAAACUGAAUUUUAAAAAUCACACCCAACACAAAUUUCGUGUGUACCCUCAGAUACCAAAGAAAUAUCAUGUGGUUGUAUGUUUUCAAGAAUGAUAUUAAGAAAAAAUUUCAAGAAAAAUCAGACUCUGGUGUUUUUGUGUAAUCUGUAUUGCCUCAACAAAUACAUUAUAAAAUU